UUGUGUGUCCUAACCUUCGUCACUGUCUCACUCAAUCUCACUAUUCAUCAUCAAAUUAGCCGAACCGAGCCUCCACAAGUUUUAGGUGCCAAGAAUGGUGAAAACUUCGAAUGGGCCUUGUUACGAGGCGGAAAUAUUGUCAGAAAACUUGGUAAUGAGGCUACGCUCCACAUCAAGAGCGCCGAACCAUCAAACGAUUAUGGAGUAUACAGAUGCAAUGUGGAAGAUGACAAUGGAGUCGUCAUCGGCAGCGCUUACACAGCUGUCAGCGUCGGAUAUAGCAAUUCGAACAAUGCACAAGUUGUCAAAUUCGAUGAGAAGUCUGACGCAUCAUUCACUUGCCCGAUUUACUCCGUUCCCGGAUCAAAGGUGGUGGAAUGGUCGCGUACAGACGGCGAACUUCCUCCAAAUGCUACACCCAAUGGGAACAAGCUUGAAAUCAAGGAUUUCGACGACGCUGCAUCAGGCAUGUACAUGUGUCGGGUCACUUUCGAUGAUAAUGUUGUUGAGGGCUAUGUAGACGCUCAGAUAUUUGUUCCUGACACGAUUAUCCAAGUUUUACUUGAUGUCUCAUCCGAGUCGGUCAAUGUUGGAGAUCGCGCU